ACCCAUUUUGGCACAAUGGAUCCACCACCCGCCCCUUCCUCCGCCAACUCCUCCCCCCGCUCCCGCCCCGACGCCCCUCCCUCGGCGUGGGACGACACCCCGAAGCUCCGCCUCAUGUGCAGCUACGGCGGCCACAUCAUCCCCCGCCCCCACGACAAAUCCCUCUGCUACGUGGGUGGCGACACCCGCAUUGUGGUCCUCGACCGCCAUUGCUCCCUCUCCGACCUCCGAUUCCGCCUCUCCCACACCCUCCUCAACGGCCGCCCCUUCUCCCUCAAGUACCAGCUCCCCUCCGAGGACCUCGACUCCCUCAUCUCCCUCUCAUCCGACGAGGACCUCGACAACAUGAUCGAGGAAUAUGACCGCACUUCGCUGAAACCGCCCUCUCGCAUCCGCCUCUUCCUCUUCCCUUCCAAGCCCGAGACCGUCGCCUCCAUGGGCUCGCUUCUCGACGACGCCAAGUCGGAGACUUGGUUCGUCGACGCCCUCAAUGGCUCCGGCCUUCUCCUCCCCCGGGGCUUGUCCGACUCCGCCGCCAUCGACACGCUUAUCGAGUGCGACAACCGUGCCGGGAAGCCGUCGCUGGUGGAGAAGACGAUGGAGUCGCCACCGGUGGUGGAGACAAGCUCGUCAUCGCCAGGGUCGAGCAUGUCAUCCCCGUCGAUGGCGAAUCUGCCGCGGAUAAAGGUUAGGGCGCCUGAGGAGUAUCUUACGGUGGGGUUGGAAGAGCAAUUGAGCAUUGCUGCACCGAAUUUGGAUGAGAGAUCGGAGAAGUCGGAUCAUGCGCCGACGAAGGUGAGGAAGCCGCCAUUGCCGUUGCAAGCGGUGCAAAGGAAGCUGGUUGAUGUUCACAAUCUGCCGUCACCAGAUUCGUCCAAGCAUGCUACUGCCUACAGCUUGCCCUCGCCCGAAUCUGUUGCUAGCGAUUGCAGCAUUGCAUCAUCCGUCGGAUCCCUGUCGAAAAACGCAAUGUACUCUGACGCAUCUCACCAACAACUUAGAGCAACCAACAACAACAGCGCAAUCGAUCCAAAGAUGAUCCAAGAUCCACCUCAAGCAGGCGAGUGGAGCCCACAACAACACAUCCCAAACACACACUACAUCCACCACCACACACCAAUGCAGCAGCCGCCUCCUCUUCCUUAUUACCCAGUCUACCUCCACCACCAAUCCCAGCACGCCGCCGCCGAUCCGCAGCAGUACCCCAUGUACCUCAUGUCCCCGACGCCGCCACAGCCCCCGGUCUACCCGCCGAAGCCGGAGAUGCACCAUCAGAUAGUUCAAGUCCCUGCUCAUCAGUUCCAGCACCAUUACGUCGGCGUCCCGCAAAUGCAAUCGCCUCCGCCUAUUGCCAAUCCAGCUGCAGUGGGAGCUACUGCUGGGAAUUAUGGGUAUGAUCAGUACUCCUCUCAUCAUAUGCAAGAUCAGCCCUAUUAUGCUCAACAAAUGGCGGCUGUGUCAGCUAUGCCGCCGCUGCCUCAAUACCAGACUAUGACUCCGGCGACAGCGGUGAUGCUUUCACAAGCAUCGGCCCAGAUUUCGGCCGAUGGCAAUCAGCAACACUCUUGAUGCAUGGAAAACAAGAAUGAAAUGAAGUGAGAUUGAACAAAGUGAUAAUUGGUUUUAUUGGAGUACUUGGUAAUUGUUUAAAGAUAAUGAGGUGCUUCGCUAAGUAUUUUAUGUUAAUGUAAUAUUAUUUAAAUAAAUAUUAAUAUGUAUUCUGGAAAAAAUGAAAUGUAGAGCUGUCUCCAUUGUAAACUUCUUUUGUUUUCUAAAGUAAUGCAAGUAAUUACACCUCCAUA